AAAGUGUCAUUUAUGGAUAAAACCUCAGCAUGCGCCUGCUUCAAAAACUUGAAAAGCCCCAACUCCCAAAAACACAAACACAGAAUUUGUGAAUUGUGAUUUGUGAAGAAGGCGACUCACUCCUCCUCCUCCUUCCUACACAAGAGAGAGAAAGUAAGCAACAAUGUCUGCUUCGGCGAAUCUCGAGGAUUUGCCGUCGGUGGAUCUCAUGACGGAGCUCCUUCGCCGUCUCAAGUGCCAAACCAAGCCCGACAAACGUCUCAUUCUAGUUGGUCCACCAGGGUCUGGAAAAGGUACCCAAUCACCAAUAGUGAAGGAUGAGUAUUGUUUAUGCCAUUUGGCUACUGGGGAUAUGUUGAGAGCUGCUGUCGCUGCGAAGACUCCCCUUGGAAUCAAGGCGAAGGAGGCCAUGGAAAAGGGAGAACUUGUUUCUGAUGAUUUGGUUAUUGGGAUAAUAGAUGAUGCACUAAAGAAGCCUUCCUGUCACAAAGGUUUUAUUCUUGAUGGAUUCCCAAGGACAGUUGUCCAAGCAGAAAAGCUUGAUGAGAUGCUAGCCAAACGUGGAGUUAAGGUUGACAAGGUUUUGAACUUUGCAAUCGAUGAUGCUAUCUUGGAGGAGAGAAUUACUGGUCGCUGGAUCCACCCUUCUAGUGGUCGUACCUACCACACAAAAUUUGCACCUCCGAAAGUUCCCGGGGUUGAUGACGUAACUGGAGAGUCUUUGAUUCAACGUAAGGAUGAUACUGCAGCUGUUCUAAAAUCAAGGCUUGAAGCUUUCCACAAGCAAACUGAACCAGUUAUUGAUUACUAUAGCAAAAAGGGCAUGGUUGCAAACCUCCCUGCGGAAAAAUCGCCUCAAGAGGUCACGGCAGAGGUCAAGAAGGCACUCUCCUGAUCAAGAGCUAGGGAUUUUUUUUUUGGUCCACUAAUUAAUAAACACACUGUAUUUUGAUACAUUUUUUGACAGUCUAUUGAGAAGCUCUAGGACUAUUUUCUUUUGCUGAGUGGACACACAAUUCAAUUAUGUCUUAAAUGUUUUGCAAUAACAAUGUGAGGUGUUUUGAAAGCUAGAAUAUUUCUUUGUAACUC